GUAUCCUUUGUGUUUUCUCUCUUUCUCUAUGCAUUAGUCUUUGAAUUGCCUAAAUCUUGAAAGUUGAAGGCAUUAUUGACAAAAAAAAUGUCUUAAUUCUUGAAGCUUGAAGGCAUUUUCUUUGGAGAAAAACGUUUCAUCUAGUAUCUACAUCUAAAAAACUUGAGGAUGAAGUGAAGGAGAUUGGUCUUCAAAUUAAACAACAUGAAGAUAAUAUCAAAUUCUUACAGGCUGCUCUCGCCAAGACUUAUUCAGCAAGUGGAGCUGGUUAUGAAAAUAAGGAAUCUUCUAAUGGGCAACAUGAGUUGGAGACCAUUGAAUAAAUCUUCACAUUGAAUUGUUGCCAGCUGCCAACAUAUAUUUCGUAUAUGAACGACGUUAUAGGAAUUGUUGCUUUGCUUGGCAAGGUUGACGAUGAUAACCUCAGCAGAAUAUCUUGGGCUAGAAACCAUGUUAGCAGUUGUUUGCAAGACGCAUGAUGGACUUAAAGCACUACUGACAUCUGAUAAGAAAGGUCCUACGAAUACAAGUUCUCGUCUUCAUGGAGUUGGAUCUUCAAUUGGGGGACCUUUGCACCGAUAUCUUGUAAUCUGUCUUGAGAACUUAAUGUUUGAGGUUAUGAUGAUCUGUUCUUACAAAUGCAUCUCAUAUUCUUUAGCACUUCCUUACUUCUUAUCUUUUUCAUUUUUGGGUUAUCAUUUUAGACCAUACACUGGUGAAUUUAUUGCUGAUGACCCUAAGAGGAGGCUUGCCAUAAGGAGGAAGCCUAGAUACGUCAACAAGGAAACUUCUCCUGGUUUUCUUGGUUUUGCUGUCAAUAUGAUUAAUAUUGACACUGCGAACUUAUAUUGUGUUAUAAGCAAUGGUCAUGUCCUGAGAGAGACCCUCUUCUCUGGACUCGUCGCACAGUUGCAAGUAUACAAAACAAGGGCAGACAUGAUGCAGGCACUACCUUUUAUAACUAAUGGAGACAUAUCAUUGGACGGUGGGAUCAUAAAGAGUGGUUGUAUAUUUUCCCUAGGAAAAAGGUAAAGAGGUUUGUCUUAAGUAGUGCGUUUAUAUUCAUAAAUUUUUCUUCCUUCAUAGUUCAACUUGUUUGUGAAGAUACUUUACAAGAAUUGAUUGCCUAUUACAUGUUCAUUUUUGAGUAUCAAGUAAUAUACUUCAUCUCUAACUGUGCGCCUGAACUGAGAAGUUGGUGUUAUUUUGUGACCAUGUUGCUUAACCGUUGUGGAGUUAAGUAGUUUGACCUUUCACGAACUUACUCUGUCAAUUUGUAUAGAAUGGUGCAAGAAAGCAUGUUCUUCCAUUUCUUUCACUGUAUCUACAGCAAUCUUCUUCAAAGUAGUCUUUGUUAUACUCCCUCUGUCCCUUUUUACUU